AUGACACUUUUAUAUCAUUUAAUUGAUACAGAAUACCUUUAUUCAACACCAAAAUUUAUUGUAUUAUUUUUAAAAGUUAUUCAUGUAUUGUUUUGUAUAUUUAUUAAUAUUCUUUUUAAAAUAUAUUGGUCAUUGAAAAAGAAACAAGUUGUUCCUAAUAUUAAAAAUGAUCUCCUUAAACUACCGGCAAUUAAAUGUGGUGAAUUAAUAAGGCAACGAUUAUUAACUUCAACAGAAUUAGUUGGUAGUUAUAUUGAACGCCAACUUGAGGUCAAUCCAAUAAUUAAUGGAAUUAUGGAAAAAAGUUAUCAUAAAGCACUUAAGACGGCAAAUGAUAUUGAUAAUUAUUUAAAACAUAUUGAUGUUAACUCUGAAGAAUAUAGUAUUUUGAUGGAAGAAAAACCAUUACUUGGGGUACCUUUUACUGUGGCAAAUUCGAUUGUUGUAAAAAAUUUUCAAUCAACAUGUGGAAUUGUACAAAGAAAGUUAUUUCAAAAAUCUGGAACAAUAGAAAAUCAGGGUGUAAAUCGAUUAAUAGAAGCAGGAGCAAUACCAAUUGCUUCAUCUAAUGUAUCUCAAUUAUGUAUGUGGAUAGAAUGUAAUAAUAAAGUUAUUGGAAGAACAAAUAAUCCAUAUGAUGAUAGGAGAACUUCAGGAGGAUCUUCAGGUGGUGAAGCAGCAUUAAUUGCCUCUGGUGGAAGUCUUUUUGGAAUAGGAAGUAAUAUUAUUGGAUCUAUAACUAUACCAGCAUCUUUUUGUGGAAUUUAUGCUUAUAAACCUACUUCUGAAAUAUUUUUAUGUGAUGGACAUAUUCCAGAAAUAACUCAUUCAAUGACAUCCCUUGCUUGUAUAUCUGUAAUGUCACGCUUCGCAAACGAUUUAUAUAGUAUAUCAAAAAUUUUUUAUGAUAAUAAUGACUUGAUACCAAAAACCAUAUCUAUAAAUAUAAAAGAAUUAAAAUAUUUUUACUUGGAAGAUUUAAAUUAUAUGCAAGCAGAACCAAUACAUUAUAAUUGUCGUUAUGCUAUUAAUAAAGUUACUGAUGCAUUAUUUUUUAAUUAUGGAAUAACAUCAAUAAAAGUAGAAUUUGAAGAACUUCGUUCAGCUUAUGAAAUGUGGCAAGCAACAUUGCAGGUAGUAACAAAUAAAAAUAUGCAUGAUAUUUAUGGUUUAUUAACUAAUUUUCAUCCAACUAGAAUAGUUAAUAAUAUUAGAGAAGUUAAUGCAAAUAUUCUUGGCUUUAAAAGUGAAUAUGAUCUUGGUAUGUUAUUAGAAAAAACAACUUUAACAUUAUUACGUUCAUUAUGUAAAACAAAAAUACAAAAAUAUUUAAGUAUGAAAAAAAAUUUAUGUAAAAAAAUUGAAAAUCUUUUAGGAGAUAAUGGAAUUCUUAUUGCUCCGGCAUUUGCUGUUCCAGCACCUUAUCAUAAUCAACAAAUGUUUACAAGAAUUGAUCAUAUAUAUGGUUCCAUAUUUUGUGCUUUAGGUUUUCCUGUUAUUACAUGCCCUGUUUAUCAUAACUCGUCUGGAAUACCGAUUAAUGUUCAAAUAAUAGCAAAAAAAAAUAAUGAUAAAAUACUAUUUCCAUUAGCAGAAAAAUUAGAAAAAACACUUGGUGGUUGGAGAGAAGCAAAAACAUAG